AGGUGCAGGAAUUGUUCGGAGUUGAUUUGUCAAAACAAUGUGGCAACAAUGGUUAAGCCCCUCCCUCUGGCCUCAGGUUGAGGUGUGAUCCUUGCCACAGUGGCUCUCACUACCUGCUUCCCAACAAGUACGCCGCCUCACCACAACAAACUCUUAAGUUGAUGAGAUGGCCUCACAAGAUUGCCAGGUGUGCCUGGAGCCUUAUGACGAUAAGGUGCGACGUCCGCGCUGCCUCAGCUGCGGCCACACCUUUUGCACCUCCUGCAUCGCUGACACAAUAGCUCGUGGACCCCUCUACUGCCCCUUUUGUCGCGUUAUCCAUGCCUCGCCCGUCGCCCGCGCUGAUGAUGUUCCUGUCAACUACACCGUCGUCAGCCUGUUGCAGGAUACACCGUUCUCCAUGGGCACAGAGCGCUCACUUGCGCUUCUAGCAGAGCUUAAAAAAGAAGCUAAUGAGCUUACUACGACUCAGUUAGUGGCUUGUAAUUGCCACCUCACAAGACUUACGGACUUUAAGAAGAGGUUGUCGGAGCAACGAAGUGUCCACCAGGUGCAAAUCCAAGCACUGAGGACCCUGAUAGACCGAAACGAGAGUCUCCUGCACGAAAUGACUAGCACCGCUGCCCAAGUGGACGCCACCAUCACCGAGGGCAUGGAGAAGCGCACUACACUGGAGGCGGCGCAGGCCAGGGUCAACGCUGCCUCUACUCUCUUGGAAGUCACCGCUGCUCAUCACGACGACCAAGAAAAAGACGAAUCCGUCCAGGAGUGGUGUGAGUCCGCUCACCAACUGCUGCAGUCACAGGUCCUCGUUGUCGCCAGAGAGGUGGAGCACGUGACCAGCGCCGCCCUACAAGCAGUAGUGGGUCACAGCAUGUCCGCAGCCGCAGCUUCUCUAACACCCACCAAUCCCAAGCUGGCUCACGACAUGCCUAACACUUGGCAGCUGGUUGAGGAGGUGAUGAACAAGGCUCAGCUGGUUGGUAGCGGCGUGUGCGCCAUCUUGGAGACAGACGGCAGGCGGCGCUGCGCUAAGAUGGUACACGUGGAAAACAGAAUCUACCUCUCAUCGCUCAAGGAAGGAGACCCACCCAUCUAUUCACACACAGUACCUUACCGCGACGUGCGAGGUCUGGUGGAUGAAACCUGCGUGAGGAUCUUCCUGGAACUGUCUUGGGGAGGUCAAGUUCAAGGACGUGUAUGUAUCAAGCUGCUCAACACAGCACCCAGGACACGACAGUUCUUCUUCCUGUGUUCUGGAGAGCGCGGCCCUUCAUACGCCAACACCAAUCUGUUCGAAGUUGAGAGCCGAGGGCAACCUGGUGAGCGGGUGUGGGGCGGUGACUAUGAAAACAAUGAUGGCAGUGGUGGGUCAGCUCUUCCAGGUCUGAUAAUGGGUGACCUCAAUGUGCAGACGGUGACGGCGGGGCUGGUGGCCGGGUACUGUUAUGGCGACGAGCACCGCAAACCCUCACACUUCGUCAUCUAUAAUAAUGACUGUCCCGUCGCCUACGAGGAGUGCCCUAUAGGAAAGGUAGAAAGUGGGAUGGAGUUGGUGCGGGCAGCUGCUAAACUGCCCAAUGUGCAAGACACCGCUAUCAGUGACUGUGGAAUUGUGUUGUGUAUCUGAGACUAAUUAUAUACGGAAGGAAACCCUGGACACGCCGUCACACAUGUGAGAAAAAUUAAGUGAUCCUGAGCAGUCUUCAUCGCGUAAUAACCUAAUAUGAAAACGUUUUGUGUUGGGUUCAAAACGUUAGUAUAUUGCGUAUUUAGAACUGUCUCUGAUCAUGAAGUACUGUAGUGUGACUAGUUAAUGGUCCAAGUCGGAUCGAAACGUUGUCAUAAAGUUUCUCCUAUGUGCUGGUUAUUUGUGUACUGUAGUGGUGUGAAACAUUGAGCGGGUAUAUGAAUUAUGUUGCACUAUGUGUACUUUACAAAGCCUGGCAUUCCUGCUUAGAAAUGGAUGACCAACUGUAUGUAAAUGUGUUAGGAAGAUUAGUGUUGUUGGCUGGUUUAGAUGACAAUGCUAUGGAACCGGCGGACUGGGGGGAAGGGGUCCUCACUGUGCAAAUUUUCUUUUAAAAAUAUUUAGCAGUUCUAUGUCAAAUGGUGAUAUUUGGCUCACCUUGAGAUAUUAAAAAGUCAAACAUAUUUAUUAAAUCGUGAAAUGUUGAAAAUUAUUUUAUUAAGGAAGACCAAGCAUACUUCAGUCCCAUGUUAAUUAAACUCAUUUCCCCAGUUGCUACGUAAGUGCCUGUAUUUAUCAUGAGGUGGAUAGCUUAACCUUGUCUCGAUAGGAUCUUCCCUAUUUUUCACGAAGUUAAUUUUAACAGUAAUCUUGGUUUAGAUAGGUUUGUAGGUAAAAUAUUUCAAUAGUUUACUACUCUGUGAGAAGACAAGACAUGUCUGUCGUGCACUGCAGUUUGGCAGGCUGGAAGCUGUUGAAUUAAUUUUCGUGUUGAAAAUAAAUUAUGUGAUUACCUAACAACUGUAAGAAAGCAUAAGAUGUGCAACAACAACGUCGCAUAGAUAUAACAUUUUCGUCAAUGCAAAUAUUUGUUUACUGUAAAAACUAGCUUCGAGAUCUGGCAUCAUUGGAUUAGUCAGCAGCCAUGAUGAGACAUUCUCAUUCCCUUGCAUCUCAAAACUUUAAGAUAUACAUUUUUUACACUGAAUUUAUAGGCUAAGAGCUGUUCUCUUAUCAGCUCAUUUUAAAUCCUAGUCCUAUCCAUGCCAUUCCCAGAAUGCUACCCAUAACUCCACUAGCCUGACUAAUUACGUUUGGUACAUUGAAAGCCUAUCGACUGCACGUGGGUCAAAAGCUGUAAUUCAUUUGUAUACAACAAGAAUACUUCCAUAAAAUAGUGAUUAAAGUAAAUUAUCGAAUGUAUAUAUACGAAGAUAUAUACCCCUCAUGGUGCUAAGUAGGUUUUUUUUUUUUUGUAUUAUAAAGUGUGCUAGGUAGGUAUUGUACUAAAGACAUGCUCAUACCAGAGACAACCUGAUAAGUCAUCUGUUAGUUAAACCUUCAGUAGUCUCUCAGGAUUACAUAACUCAUUGUUAUUUUUUACACGUGAUUAACUUAAAAUGUUUCAUUGUUAGUGGCAUGCAUAAGCAUUAUUAAGUUAUUUUCUUGGCAAUAUUGUAAUAGGGAACACGUCGAGGUUCCUGGAAUCAUUUUUGACUGAUCUAGGUAGAAUACGAACGAUUGUGAAGUAACUGACAGGCACUAGGUGGAGUUAUCCUUCAAGAUCAGGUGGAUUAUUAUUAUUAUAAUCAAGGGGGAAGCGCUAAACCCGGAGGAUUAUACAGCGCCUGGGGGGGGGAUGUGGAAGGUAUUCAGGCUUAAUUCGGGGAAGUGGAGCACAGAUCCAAUUCCCUAAAUCAAGAGCCCUUCACCAACAUCAAGGAACCUUCCUUGAGGGGAAGAUCAGGUGGAGUUAGGAGUCUGCGUUGUCACCCUCCAUGAUUAGGUGGAGUUGAGUGUAGGUGGGCACCCCAACUAUCGUCACAGAGUAAACAACUCUGGCAGGUCAGGUAGCAUUGCCAAUCAAGACAACUUUUAUGAAUUAGCAUUUAGCAGUGGUUUUAUAAUACAGCCGAGAGAGGCAGUUGUUAUUAUUAUAUUCAUAGGGAAGCAUAGGGGUCAUAUAGCGUGAGAGAGGCAAAAUGUAGUGAGUGUUUAAGGAAGUAAUUGUAACUGGACUGUGGUUUGAAAUUGACCAUACUACAAGUUCAGGAGAUUGAUAAAAUGGUGCUGUGUAUGAAAUGUAUUUUGUUAAAUAUAUUAAAUAAUAUAAAA